CCUGGGUUUAAAUUAAAACAUAGUUUGGAGGAUAAGCAGGUUCCAGUGUAGAUCUGACUAUAUCUAAAUAUAUUAAAAUAAUGAAGGCUGCUGCGGAAUAAAGAAACAAGCUGUGUGUGUGGUCAUGUUUUGUCAUUUAUUCAUUUUAUCUUGGUGUAGUAAGAGGCUAUUUAUUUAAUCAGAGUCUUCAUUAGAGUAUAUUUACUUGUAGAUCAGUAUAGGUGAUCCAAUAAUCUGCCUGUGUCUUAUUACAUGAUAAGAAAUUAGACAGAAACGAGUACAGUGGGUCGUCAAGUUGUCACUAAUGUGCCCUGAGGCAAGUAUGUGAGAGUGCACGGCUUAGAGCUUGUAAAUGUUCCACUAGAAACAACCUUUGUGUCCUCUCUCCCUGUCCUGUUCUCUCCUUUCAUCACUUAUCAGUGGAGUAAUGGGGGCUUGGCUUGAUUUCAAUGGACUCUCCAUCCAUUGGUCACAUUUCUAAGUCCCUCCCCAACCACAUCACAAUUUCUUUGGUCACCAGAGUAAAGCCACGGGCCAGCAGGAGCUGUGUGGCCGAGGUCUUGCCUGGUUGUGAGAAUGGAGACUGAGUGGGGGCCAUUUGUGUGAAAACAGGAGGUCUGCUAGAAAGGGGGAAAGACCCCCGUAGAGCAUGAUUUGCUUUGGGAGGAUUGUGUAUCUGUGGAGGGAGGGAAUACAGGAAAGGGAAUAUGGAGCAGCACAAGCUAGUCUCCCCUCCCCUUAAAGGGAGCAGUGAUUACCUAACUGUUAUGAAGGGGGCGUAGUCUUCCAUGUCUUUCCUGUGCUUUUGUUUUUGGCCCUGAACCCAUUUUGAAAGUUCCCUGGAGAGCAAACGAGGAGGGCGAGCCAAGCUCCUUUUGUGAGUCCUCUCCAAAGGUGGAAAGUUGAGGCAAAAGACAAGCAACCCUUUCUUUGCCCUGAGUUACUUACUUUUUUUUUUCAUUCUUCUUUUCCCCACUCCCCUGUUUUUCUUUUCAGUUUGGUGUGUGCAUGUGUGGGCUGAGCUGCUCUGCCAUUGGAGUAGGGCCAUGUCACAAAUGAAAUCCUUUUAUGAUAAAUGAGGUUACCAUAGCAAUGACAUUCCCCUCUCUCCUCCAGUGAGAUGGGGGCGGGGGAUCCUUCAGGGAAAAAAAGAAAAAAAGAAACUACCAUUCACAGCUCUCCCCACCGAGGAGUCUCUCUGAUAACCAGCCAAAUUCUCAGAAUGGAUCUUAUGGACUUUUUCGUUCCCAACACCUUUCAGACCGGAGAGGAAAAGGGGCGGGGAUAAGGAGGAAGGCAUUUUCAGCCCGAGAGUGUUUCAGUGUGUGUUUGUGAGUCAAAAGUGUGGGUCUGCAGCUCAGCUACGUUUUAUGGGAAAGUCAGUUUCCCACCAUUGUGUCCUCAGCAGUUGCCAGACACUGACAAGGCUUGUAGGGUGUGUGUGUGUGUGUGUGUGGUGGAGUUUUCUGUGUGUGGAGACCAGACGCUGCUGGUUUCAGAGGCAGAGUUCAGAUCGUGUUGGAGCCUCUGAGGUGAAGGCAGGCGGCUCUUCCAAACCUGCGAAUGUCCUGCUGCCUUUCUGGACUGCAUUCGUUUUUCCAUCCUGUGGUUGUGGAGUCCUGCUUUUGAUUUUGAGCGUGGCGGUUCCCGGCGUGGCCUAGCCAGUAGUGCUAGUGGCAGUGGUGAGCUACAGGGCUGCAUGCCAUGGGCUGUGUCUUCUCCCUGCCAGAGGACAGGAGAGAUGCUGCUGAGAGAGCACCCACCACGAGAGAGACAAGUUUCAUCGAGAAAAUGAAGAAAACAGGCAAGAACAUCAUUGUGUUCUACGGCUCCCAGACGGGCACAGCAGAGGAAUUUGCCAACAGACUGUCCAAAGAUGCUCAGCGCUAUGGCAUGAAAGGAAUGGCUGCGGAUCCAGAGGAGUAUGACAUGGGGGAACUAUCCCGUCUGUCUGAUAUUAAAAACUCCCUUGCCAUAUUUUGCAUGGCCACCUACGGUGAAGGAGACCCAACAGAUAAUGCCCAGGACUUCUAUGACUGGCUGCAGGAAAAUGAUGACGAAGACCUCUCCGGGCUAAACUACACUGUAUUUGCUUUGGGCAACAAGACCUAUGAACACUACAAUGCAAUGGGAAAAUAUGUUGAUAAAAGGCUGGAAGAACUUGGGGCCAAGCGCAUCUUUGACCUUGGUUUAGGAGAUGAUGAUGGCAAUCUGGAAGAGGACUUUGUUUCAUGGAGAGAGCAGUUCUGGCCGGCCGUCUGUGAGCACUUUGGAGUUGAAGCCUUAGGAGAUGAAUCAAG